AUGGGUUUGCUUGACAUCAUCAAACAGCUUUUCACGACCACCAAAGACUUUGUCUGGCCUGCAGGUUCUGAAGCCGAGCCUUCUUCAGUCAGACGACCCAAGAAAGUAGCCAAGCUAAUUUUAACGCUAGGCGUAGCUGGUUACUUUGUCUGGGAAUGUCUUCAGCUGUCAUAUAACGAUGUAACUGUAAACACUUCUCGGGAAAGGGUUAAUUCAAUUUCAAUGCCCAUUUUAGAAUUCAAUUCCGCUUAUAACUUUUCAAUCUCUACCACCAUAGGAUGGAUGCCCUAUGGCUACCAGGUUCUGCCUGAUUUCGGUCCAUAUAAAGUCGAUAACAUCACCGACUACUAUGUAGCAAGAUUCAAUCAACAUUUAGAAUUUGCAAUCCCGACUGCCCAGCCAGAUGAACUCAAUGGAACUAUAAGUAUGAUUGCAUUCGCUAUUACUAUACAAGAUCAGUUUUUUUCAGCUACCAGUUCAGAUGCCUUGCUGACAGUAAACUUGUUUGAUGCCGACACGGAACAAAUUUCCCUUAAUCCAGGAGGCCAGCCACGGGUCGUGUCUGACUAUUUGGCGACGUUGUUUAAUGCUAAUUAUUACUUAAUAGCUAAAGGCUUUAACACCUACAUCGGCGUGGCGCGGUCUAUCCGUAAUGUUCUCCUUCCAGAUGUACGGAAUCUCAUUGUUGGACAACCUACAUAUGUGGACAUAAAUAUGCUGUCGACCACAUACGGCGCCGACAGAGUGGGUGCACCGUGGGGUUUAUGGCAAAAACUACCGUUCAUCAAACGUGAAAUCAGGAAAGAUCUUGACGGCGUAGCAGAAUCCGGUCUAUUCGAAGCCCCGGAACACAUAGCCGGUGAAUAUUCAGAAACAAAUGAGAGAGAAAUCCCACCUAAAGAGGAUGAGACGCCCCCGCCAGAAAGAGAGAAAGAAAUCCCACCUGGAGAGGAUGAGACGCCAAUAUCAAAACUCUCAUCUUUAGAAGCGAGACAAGAUGCAAUGGAAAAAAGACAAAUUGCACUUGAAGUUUUCUUGAAAGAUUACGUUUUAGAAGUUGAUUAUAUUCGUGAUGAUUAG